AUGACUUUAUUUAUUCCAACUACCAAUGAGGAGAGAGAUCCUAAUACACAGUCAAUUUUUGAAAUGAAUGAGUAUUAUUGUGUUAGCGAAAAGAUCAUGGUUGGAUUUUAUAAUAGAAACUUAAGAUUGAAAAGAGAUCUUGCUUCAAAUAGAUACUCUUUAAAAUUUUCACUUGUUGGUAUCGCUCAUAGCGCACUAAAGAAGAUUAAUCGUAAAAGUGCAGUGAUUAAUGUGUUAGUGAAUGAUUAUGCUGGACAAGUUUAUAGUUUUGCAAUUCAAGUUGUUUUUCUGUAUCAUAACACUUGGUUUAAGCAUUUAAUAAGUUCUACUUGGUUGAAUGAUUCCAUGCUUUUUGUUGUAGAGCAAAUGGAGGUUAUUGAAAAGGAGGUGUAUGUGUAUGCUGUUGAUAUUUUUUAUGUUGAUUUCAGUGUUACAACAAAGAAAAAAGUAUCAAUUUCUGAGAGUACUCCAGCAUUAUAUAGAACAGUUCGUUUAAGACUUUUAAAUGUACAUAAGAGUGUCAACAAAGGUCUUUCCAAAGUAGACGAGUUGAAAAAUUCUUAUCUAGAUAAUGAAACGAGUGAUGUUGUGACUGAUUUGACUUCUGAAGAUUCUCAUGUAGAUAAACGUAUAAGACUUGAAGAUGAGAAGGAUGAUUGUACUGAGUAUGAUGAUGGUUGUAUGAAUGAGUAUAACAAAGAAUAUUCAGAUGUAAGUGGCAAAUAUAAGGGAGGUAGUAAUAGUUCAGAGUGCAGUUACAGAAGUUCAAAUAAAAGUAAGAAAAAGAUAUUUUAG